AUGAAAAAACAAUGCGAAGAGGAGCUAGAACUAAAUUUAUAUAUUUGGAAUGAAUAAAUCUUUUAAUAAUAUUAAGACUCAUAAGAUUGCUUAAGAAGUUUAAUAUACUAUCUUGAUGAUAUCUAUUCUGAUUUUUCAUAAAUAAAUAUAAAAAAUGAAACUAUAGAUCAAAUUAUUGUUGAAUUGUUAAGGGUUUUUGAUACGAUUGCAGAGGAAACCCAAAAUUCUAUUAUAGUAAACGAAAAGCCAUUAGUUAUUGAUGGAAUUGAAAUUAUUUGGAAAAUCAAAAGAAGAACAAAAUCAUUAUUCAAUAAAUAAUUUAAUAUUCAAUAAACCAAAGAAGAUUUCCUUCUAGAUUUUAUUCAAUAUGAAUCUGCUUAUUUUUAAACGAAUCCUUUAAGAUUUAAUUCUAAUUUGGAAUCAAUACUCUAAAAAUAUUUUAAUGAUCAAACAUUACAAAUAUUCCCAGAUAAUUAUUAUCAAAUUAAAUUGAAAAACUUUUAUCGUAGAAGAUUUCAAGAAUAUGAAAAUUUCUCAUCUAUUUACAGCACAAAUUUUGGAUCCUAUCAAGGUUGCUAAAAUACUACAUAAUUUUUAUCUGAAUAUGAAAUAUUUUGUUUAACUAGAACAAUCACUGGAAAAUUUUAUUAAUGUAAUUUGAAUAGAGUAUAAAAUAACAAUACGUUUGAGUUACAUUGUGAUUGUGAUAAGUUUGGUGAAAUUUUUUUAGCAACCUCUACAAAUUUUAGUAUUUUAAAUAUAAGCGAAUCACAAAAAUAAAUAUAUAAUUUUGAAUUAGGCUCCCAAUCUGAAGACAUGUUAGCUUUACAAUUAAGUACAUGCUCUUUGUCAUUAAUAUUUCUGGGCAUUUUUAUUUUUUAAUAAUAUAAAGAUAAAAAGGUCCAAUAACGGAGAUCUGAUACUGAUUAAAGUAAUUUGAGCCAACCCAACAUUUUAUAAAAAAAUCCUUUUAUAUAUCAUAGUAAUUCUAAAUUAUUUAAAGAAAAAUUAAAGGUAUUAUUCAAUUGUUAUAUUAGCAAAUCCAUUAAACUAUUUCGCUAUUUUAUUAUAAAGACAAUAAUAUAGAAUUAAGUUAUAGAAUUUUAGAAGUAUUCUCCUAAUUUAAUUUAUAAUUAACUUUAACAUUACUUGAAUGCUAUUUGUUAAAUAAUUAAAUUCUUUUCAUUUGUGUAUUCAUUAUCUUAAACCCCUUUAUCAUUUUGUUAAUGA